AAGAAAAUAUAAACGCGAGUGAAAAUUUUCAUAAUUUUAUGAUAAUUGUGCUAAAAAAUAAUUAAUAUUAAAAAAACGAUAAUAAAACUACGAAACAUAAUUACAUAAAACUGUAAAUAAAAAACUUUUAAAUUAAAACUUUUAAUUAUCCAAUACAAUCCACCAAAAAAGGCAGACGGAAAACAUUUUUGUUUCCAUUUACAUACAACAGAUACUAACUUCUACUCCCUUCACAUAAUGAUUGUGGGUGUUUUCUGUAAAUGCAAUUGAAUAGAAAACAGAAACAUCAAGUGUUGCAACAUACCUCAUAGUUGUUGUAAAGAAUUUUAUGGUUUUAAUUGUUUUGUGUAAAAGGGCAUGAAUGUGUUUCGCCAGCAGUGUUGUGGAAGCGCAUAAAAAGCUAUUUAUAGCAAACGCGGGUGGUGGCAAUAGCAACAGUGGUAGUGGCAGCGGUAGUAGUGCAGCAGCUAAUGACAAGCGGGACUCCUUGAGUGACAUUAAAGGUAUACGCAGCGAUAAGCGUGGUAGUUUGAGUGGCGCGGGUGGAGGCAGCAAUAGUAAUAGUUUGAAAAACUCGAAAAUGUCUCGUAGCAAAACACGUAUACAAACGGAAGUGUGUGGUGAUUGUGGGGCAUCAGAUCCAUCUUGGGCCUCCAUAAAUCGAGGCAUACUUCUGUGCUCUGAUUGCUGCUCUGUACACCGCAGUUUGGGUAGACACAUAUCCAUAGUGAAAUCUUUACGUCAAGGUACUUGGGAACCUUCUGUUUUGAAUUUUGUCAAUUCUUUAAAUGCUCACGGUGCCAACAGUGUUUGGGAACAUCAUUUAUUAGAUGGUACCACUUCAUCUGGAGCUAAGGGUUUACCUCGUAUACGUAAACCCUCACCCAAAGACCCACUACAUCCCAAUAAAUCUGAUUUCAUUAAAGCCAAACAUGUACAAUUGGCUUUUGUCUUGAAGCCCAAUCUACAAGAUACCGACGAUGACAUCACUGGUGCUAAUUUAGAACAUGAACUAAGUAAACAACUGCAUGCCAGUGUACGUACCAGUAAUUUAGAGACUUCGUUACGUCUUUUGGUGCAGGGUGCUGAUCCGAAUUUCUUUCAUGAAGAAAAACGUUCGACACCUUUACAUGUGGCCGCUAAAUUUGGUCAGGCUUCACAAAUUGAGUUGUUAAUUGUUUAUGGAGCCGAUAUAAAUGCCAUCGAUGGCAAUGGUCUAACACCGUUAGAGGUGGCAAAAGCCAAUAAUCAUACAUUAAUUGCUGAACGUUUGCUAGAUGGCAUGUAUGAGGUCAGCGAUCGUAUUAUUAUGUUUUUGGGUGGCAAGAAACCAGAUCAUACGACUAGACUAUAGACUAAAUUGAAGAUUGCAAGAGGACGUUUGCAAUUAGUGCCCAAUAAAAUGUUCGAAGAACUUGUUAUGGAUCUAUACGACGAAGUUGAUCGUAGAGAAAAUGAGGCCAUAUGGGCUACAUCCACCAUGAACGGUGAAAAUGUUGCAGUGCCAUUUUUACCAGCAAAUCCAUUUUUAAGUGCCACACGUAAUCAGGGUCGUCAAAAGCUGGCACGUUUUACUCGUGCUGAAUUCAAUGGCUUGUUAACGGAUGUUUUAAUUGAUGCACGACGACGUCAAAAUAUGGCAAAUCUACGUCCACUAGAUGGUCCCUCUUCGUCUGCCAGCAUGCCAAAUAAUAACAAUAAUGCUUCUGGCUUUUAUAAUAUUAAUAAUAUUUCAACAACUGGCGGUGAUUAUCAUGAUCCAAAUCUAUCAGAUGAUGAACCUAUAUAUGAUCCAGUUGCCGAUGAUGAUUAUGAACCAAUGCCACCUAUAGCACAGCAGGCUAUUGUACAUCAAUCAGCCAAACCAAACGAUGAAAUGACUAAUUUUGAAAUGGAGACUUUACGUAAACAAAUCAAUGAAUAUGUUAGCGAAAUCAAUCAAUUAAAGACUGUUGUACAAAAGCUAUCGAACGAAAAUACCGAAUUGAAAUCGAAAUUUUCCACGGUGCAACAACAACCAUCGAAAUCAGCCUCAAAUAAUAGUGUCUAUGAUGAACCAUUACGUAUUGAAAACACUGAAAAUGAUCAUGAACCCCAUUCUUUGCCUGAAGGCUUAAAUGCAAGUUUAGGUACUAAUAACAGCAAUCCCGGGGCAGCAGCAGCAACAUCCGCCUCGUCCUCUUCAUCGGCUACAAAUUCACAACAAUCAACGAUUAAACGACCAGCCAGUAUGUAUGAACGACGUCUACAGCCUAGUUUAACGAAAACAAAUGCUGAUACACGCAAUACCACCUCUAUGUAUCAAAUGGCUGCCGAUAAAUCCUUUACCGAGGAAGUCAAUCAAAAGACAGACAUUGUAACGCAUCGCCUUAAAGAGCUAAUACAUUCAAUGCAGGAUCCGAAUAAUCGUGAAACUUUAGUACCCUGUGCUGAGCGCAUUCGGGCCGCUGUUUUGGAAUUAAUUAAUGUUUUCACCACACCGACCAAUUGCAAUGAAACCAUACGUGAAACUCUAAUGCAAUUGACGCGUAAUAAUAUUUUAAUACAACAUAGUUGUGAAAAUUUACGCAAUUCAUUCGAUACGAAUGAUAAAACCGCCAUUGAAAAAUAUACAAAGGAUGUACGUGAAUGUGCGUAUUAUAUUGCCAGUGCCACAAAAACUUUAGUUUUACAAUUGGAAUGAGUUGUUUGUAUGUAUUUUAUAGUUUAAUUAAGACUACAUACAAACAUAUUUUUACAACAAAUUCCUUAACAUUAAUCCCAUUAUGAACUUUUUGUUUUAGCAUUUAAUUAUAUUGUUUAACAUUUAUUUUAAAAUUGAUAACGUUUUUUUUAUCAAUCUGUAUUAACGAACACAAUCCAAUAACGUAUCAGUUUAAAAUUAAUAUCGAAAUUCGAAAAAACUCAAAAAAAAACGAAAAAAAAAA